GAGGUGUUGUGACACUGCACAGGGAUAAAGAUAUAUAAACCAAAGAAAUUUCGGAGCUGUGAGGAGUAGUAAACUGGAAGUCUGGGAUCACCAAAUGGACUGUGUCCUCCUGAGCUCUCACUUGACAUCUCAUAAUUUUGUUAACACAAGGUUUCAGCAAGGCUUUAGUGGUCUCAACAGUAUAGGAUUUGCAGUCAUAAGAAAGGAAUGCUUAAAAUUAAGGUGCUAUGCUCUUGGUGAUGAACUUGGUGGUUCAGGGCAAGUAAAUCAACCAUUUAACAAAAGCAAUAAUGGACCUAUUUUCCAAGGACUCAAUGCAUCAGGUGCUUCUUUUCGAACUGUUGGUGCGGAAAUCACGCAGGAAACAGGAGAUUUCUUCGUGAGUGAUGCAGAGGGUGACCCGGACAAACCUACCGAUGGUUUCUCUUCAAUAGACCAGGUGAUAAAUGCUUUGCGUGAAGGAAAGUUUGUCAUUGCUGUAGAUGAUGAAAACGGUGAUAACGAAGGGGAUCUUGUCAUGGCAGCCACUCUAGUGAACCCGGAGUCAAUUGCAUUCAUGAUCAGGAAUGGUUCUGGAAUUAUCUCAGUAGGCAUAAAAGAAGAGGAUUUAACAAGAUUGAUGAUUCCUAUGAUGUCCCCAAUCACAGAGAUCGAAGACAUUUCAACUGCUGCUGCCACAGUAACAGUGGAUGCCAGAGUGGGUAUAGCUACUGGUGUCUCCGCUGCAGAUAGAGCAAAAACCAUCCUUACUCUAGCCUCCCCUGAUUCAAAGCCCAGUGAUCUCAGACGACCGGGCCAUAUAUUCCCCCUCAAAUACCGAAAUGGAGGCGUGCUGAAAAGAGCUGGGCAUACAGAAGCAUCAGUUGAUCUUGUCGCAUUGGCGGGUUUGCGUCCUGUAUCUGUCCUGUCCACGGUCAUGGACCCAAAGGAUGGUUCAAUGGCAGGCAUAACGGUCCUGCAACAGAUGGCUAUGGAACACGAUAUACCGAUUGUUUCAAUCACUGAUCUCAUCCGGUAUAGAAGAAAGCGGGAGAAGCUGGUGGAGCUGAUUGCGGUGUCUCGCUUGCCAACGAAAUGGGGCCUCUUCCGGGCUUACUGCUACCAAUCCAAGCUCGAUGGAACUGAGCACAUUGCUGUUGUGAAGGGUGAUAUCGGCAACGGUGAAGACGUCCUCGUGAGGGUGCACUCGGAAUGCCUGACGGGCGACAUCCUCGGCUCUGCCCGCUGCGACUGCGGCAACCAGCUGGACCUGGCGCUGGAGCUCAUCGAGAAGGCUGGCCGUGGCGUGCUCGUGUACCUCCGCGGCCACGAGGGCCGCGGCAUUGGCCUGGGCCAGAAGCUCCGCGCCUACAACCUGCAGGACGAGGGGCACGACACCGUCGAGGCGAACGUCGAGCUCGGCCUCGCCGUCGACGCGCGCGAGUACGGCAUCGGCGCCCAGAUACUCCGUGACAUCGGCGUGCGCACGAUGCGGCUGAUGACCAACAACCCGGCCAAGUUCAUCGGGCUCAAGGGCUACGGCCUCGCCGUGGUGGGGAGGGUGCCGGUGAUGUCCCCGAUCACCAAGGAGAACCAGAAGUACCUCGAGACGAAGCGGACCAAGAUGGGGCACGUCUACGGCUCCGACCUCCCUGGCAGCCUGCCGGAGUUCGCCAAUCCGCAAGACACCGCCGCUGACAAAGAAGACGAUAUCCAAAACUGAUACCGAUACGAUUACAAAUAACAAAUUCUCGUUUCUUUUUGGUUGUUCGUUCCAAACCAUGAUCGGGAUUGAGAACGAUAUUUUUAUUUUUGAAAGAGAAGAAUUGUGCUUACAUUGCAAUUUGCGAGCAAUAAAUUGAGAACGAGAAUUGCAGAGUAUUAUCAAUAUUA